AUGCAAUGGUACAAUGCCCACACGGGUGUGGAUUCCAACACCCACAGAAAAAAGGGCCGCAUCAUUCGCGGAUUCAGGGCUAAUCAGCUUUCCCUCCAUACAUACCAAUCGGCGUUCGAACGCUUUCGGUGCGGUGUGCUCUUUAAAGCCCAUGGCUUGACUUCAUUUGAGAAGAUUGCCUCGAUUCAAAAUGCACACCUCGAAUUCUCAAUGCGAGGAGGAGCAGAGAUUCCGCAUUUCCACUUGGAUCUCGUUCUGAAAGUACGCGACGAUUUUACACCUAGGCUCACAAUGGUAUGGACGGCAUGGGACGGGGAAAGCAAUUGGAACGAACGAGAUCCCGCCUCCAAUGUGGAUACUCGGAAACCAUUGACAUUCUCGGCAAGACUAUCGAAGGUCGAGAUUUCCAAGAUCUUGCUUGACCAGGAGAAGGCCGCCCUCUGUCGAGGCAAGAAGGAGAAUGAAGCAUACACCAUCACCUGGACGUGGAAAAAUGGCCCUCAUUGCCUCAAUCACGAUCUUCCAACACAUGCCCUUGAAUCGCUUGAUGGCGAACAGAGGAAGAUGGUGGAAAAGUUCCAUGAACUCGGCCAACGCGGGCAUUCCAUCAGGGUUAUUACGACUGGUCGAUCGCAUCUUUCGGAGAGCUGGAAUGCAUUCUCUGCGAUGCCGAACCCAACACCACCCCCAUACCCCUAUUACAACUGCUCAUACAUUCUGGCAGGUGACAAAUUUUCGGUGAUGGACGACAUUCCAGAAGUCUCUGACAAAAUCAUCGAAAUGCAUCAUCGGAAAAGAAGAGUGGGUUGGCCAAAUGCCCCCAGCGGCGACAUGAUGUACGAACCGCGAAUGGAACUGUUGUGCUUCACCACAUACGCCCCUUUAACAUUCGUCAAUGAAAGGGAAUACGAGGUACUGAAGAUGAUCGGCCUGCUUCGGGAGGCCGCCGCAGAGGGGGUGGUCUACGUGAGCCAAUUCAACAGACGGUACAAAUUCAAUCUACACCCCAUACCAGGAUCCAGUGCCCAGCAAGGCGGAUCGUCCGAUUGGUAUUACGCUGCUCUGGAGGUGAAUACGCUACACAACGAGAACAUCAACCUAGAGCAGAUCCUUCCUCUCCCAGAACCCGGCACGCCAGUGGAGAUUAACCCUGUCGAGAAAACCUUCCUACAGAUGACAGGGUCAUCCAGGAGCCGAACAUGGAUAGGUACCGUCAUAUCGGCCUCGGCAGUCAACCGCACAACGGAACAGUCUAUGAACUUCAUAUUCAUACGGAUUAAGCGGCUCCAAGACCGAGAAUCUAUUGAACAAGUUCUAACACUGGAAGGCGAUGUUCACUUUGGAAGCACAAUGGCGGCUAAGGCUCAAGCGCGAAAGGCUAUCAGGUACGCCAUGUACGGGAAUACUCACCUCAAAAUCCCCAGAGGCAACAAAAUGAAGCAGCUGUUACUCGGCCACCAAAACAAAAACAUCAAACUUCAUCUGCCGCCUGAGUUGGAAGUUGACGACCAAGCCGAAACCUUCUUGCGUGAACUACAGUCUGAGGGAACCCUGAAUGCAGAACAGAUCCGGGCAGUCCGCUCUGCCCUGAACGCCCAGACAUCUUUUCGGGAUUUUAUGGGACUGGUUGAGGCACCUCCCGGCACAGGGAAGACGAUGGUGUCUGCGGUAAUCGCACAAUAUUGCCAUCAACACGGGAAGCCCAUCUUGAUUGUGUGUGGAUCCAAUUAUGGUCUGGAUGUGAUUACAGACCGUAUCAGGAGCAUCCUGAAGAUCAACAACUCCACAGACAGUAGCGUAUACCGAUUGGAUACCGAUUUCCGUGAGUCCGCCGAAAUGCAGAUGUCUCCGCUACUGGAUGAAGACCCAGAGCAACCCGAGGCAACCUGGGGGGAUCCCAGAGCGGAUGCCAAGUUCUACGAGGUUGAAAGGGACCUCAUAGAGCGUGGAUUCCCAAAAGAGCUGCACACCGCAUUUGUGUCGGCACUCAGAGCAAUGACGCCUGCCGAUCGCGAGUUCUCACUUGGGAAUCGGAUUCUUCAGCGCAUCGAGAACGCUGUGAGAACCGGUCGCCUUAGGCAGCCCGAGCUGGACGAGGAGUCGAUGCUGAUUCUUCAAUUCCUUACUUAUCAGGAGCUCUUGCGCCGAGAGGCACAGACUUUUUGGGAGACCGCAGACUACGAGGAUGAACUAGCCACAGCGGUACGUGGGGAAACGAGCGACGAUGAGAGUCAAACUCUUCACAAACGGCAUGUGGAGAACUACAGGAAAUGGUGGCUAGCGCUACAAGAGUUCUAUUUGAAGAAGGCCAAGGUGGUGCUGUGCACCGCAUCCACUGCCGGUCGAAAGUCGCUGUGUUCUUUCCAACCAGAGAUCGUACUUGUGGAGGAAGCUUCACAGAUAACGGAGCAGACCUGCCUGAUUCCUAUCAUGAGGAAUUAUGCAAACCUCACCAAGGUGAUACUGAGUGGGGAUAAAAGACAGCUGCCACCGAUCGUGCUCUCUGCAGGCCAAAACGAGUGUUACAACGCGGACAAGAUGUCGCUAUUCGAGCGGAUGCUCGAUUCCGGGGUUUCAACCGUCUCCCUCCGUGUUCAGUAUCGCAUGGCUAAGGACAUCUGCGACUUCGUUAAUGCUGAAUAUUACGAAGGGAGGCUGACAACCGAUCUUUCCUGCAUUGAUAGGCCAAACAUGCAGAGGUUUGCAGAUUUCGUGACUGAACUCUUCCCCCAAUGUGCGCGAGGCACCUCCUACUUCCUGUCGGUCGAGAACUCAGCCCUAUGGAAACAGAGGAACGGGACUUCGGUGUUCAACCCUGAUUACAUUCAAAUCAUCGCCCGUCUUGUUACAAAUUUCAUGGAAAAAGGCUGCAAACAGACAUCCAUCCUUAUCCUUUCCUUUUACAGUGAGGAAAGGAACCUCUUGCGCAAACUCAUCCAUGAGAAGCUAGGGCAUAAGAACAUCCGCAUAUCUAGUGUUGAUGCUGCUCAGGGGGCGGAAAGCCCCUACGUCGUCUUGUCAACGACUCGGCCGGGACACCCGUGGGGCAUGGGGUUCAUAACCGAUCGCAAUCGACAGUGUGUGAGCCUCAGCCGCGCUCGAGAUGGACUCAUAAUCGUGGGUCAUGAAACCAUGGGUACGAUCAUCACGGAUAGGGGAUCAGGUGUAUCUGGAGGCCAAGGGACACAGGCCUGGGGCAGGCUGGUGAAGAAGCACAAGGAUGGCAACCGUCUGGUUUAUGUGCGUAAAGCUGAUCUUGCGUGGUUGAAAAAAGAAAUCGAUGUCCCCAAUGCCAACCAGCAUGUGAGAGCCUCUUAUCGAUGA